CAUUGAGAGAAUUUGAUGAGUCAAAGUACUUAGAUGAACAGUUUCAAAAGUCAAAAGUGGACAAAAAUAGGGGGACGGAGGGAGUAGUAUAUUUUUAUUGGUCCAAUGACCAGUUCGGUUCAAAAUCUAUGUUUAAAACUGAUCUUCUAUCCAUGAUCUUGUUCUAUUGGGUUUUACAUCCGGUUUGAUUCUUUCCGGUCCGGCUUAGACCGAUCAAGCGCCCUAAAUGUUCAUCGCCAAACAAGCCUAAUAGCUCGCUGGUGAAGGAGGGAAGCCAGAACAUUGAAAACAGAAAUGAACGCGCCUCCAUUAAGCAAGCGGCGGCGGCUGGAGGCGCAGCCCGUUGACGGCGAGUUGGACACCGGAGCCUCCGAUGAGCAGCAGGCUAUGGACAUUGAAGAGGAAGCCCUCAUCGCUCUCAUUGAACAUCGUUCUAAGGAAGUUGAAUAUCUCCACAAACGAGUGGCUUACUACAAAAACGAGCUUGAAGAAGAAGAAAAGAGGUUACGUGAAUCACAACAGAAAUUGGUUCUCCUAAGGAGCAAGAACAGAGCGAGGAAGUCCCAAACCCAGACAGAAGAACCUAGACUUGAUCCUGACCUUAAUAUUAGUAAUCCUUUCAUAAAAAUUACGAAACCCGAUAUUACUUUCAGGAAGAGGGAAACUUCUUCUCCAAACCAGCCUCAGAGUAAACCACCUUCUGUAAUUCUUGAUGUCAAACAAGAAGACGAUGAACCAAAUAAGGUGGCAGUAGAGUCUGUAUCUAAAGGUUUAACCAGUUCUAAUUGUUCUGCCGGUGAAUCGUUCGUGGACAAUCUUAAAGGAGAUAAAACUAAGCAAAAACAAAAUGAAAAGGGAGUUGAUGAUGCUCAAGAUAGGGGAGCAACAAUAAUUCCUGAUAAAAAAGAGAAGAAAGAUUUAAUUCCAACAAUUAGUUGUUACUCUUCACCAUCUACAAUCAAUUGCCAGACAUCUGCUGUUAUAUCUUGUCAGCACAAGAGAAAGAUGAGAAGUCUUGUCUUGAGUCCAUGUAAUGAGAAACUCUUUGCCACCAGUGCACUGGAUGGAGCAAUCAACUUGUGGCAACUUGAGGAUAGAGGAUCAAGUGCAGUACUUCUUAGUACUGAUAUUGGCCUGUCACCGAAACAAAGGAGGUGGGCAGAAGAUGUUGCCUGGCAUCCAGACGGGAAAUCCAUUAUAUCUGUUUACACUGCUGAUGGUGGAGAUUCUCAGAUUUCAAUAUUGAAUCUUAAUGAACAGAAAGAGAACUCACGAGUAAGGUUUUUGGAAGAGAACCCACAUGUUAAGGGUGUAAUCAACUGCAUAACGUUCAUGCCCUGGGAAGACAACUCUUUUGCUACGUGCGGUGAUGAUCACGCUGUAAUCUUUUGGUUAGAAAAAGAGCGAGUGAAUUCAUGGAAGCCCAAUGUGUUACAUAGUAGGAUUCAUUCUUCUUCUGUAAUGGGAGUUGCCGGUAUGCAGCAGAAGAAAAUUGUGAUCUCAGUUGGCACUGACAAAAGGAUAGUUGGAUUUGAUGUUCAAGCAGAGACUGUGGAGUACAAACAUCAAUUAGAAAGCAAAUGCAUGAGUGUUCUACCCAAUCCAUGUGACCUCAAUCUUUUCAUGGUUCAGUCAGGGACUUUAGAAAAGCAGCUUCGGUUGUUUGACAUCAGAGCAGGGAAAAAGGAGGUCCACUGGCUCGGGUGGAAGCAAGAAAAAAGCGAAUCUCAAUCUGCCCUCAUAAAGCAAUCCUGGUCUCCUAAUGGCUUGUACAUUUCAUCCGGUUCAGUAGACCCUGCCAUUCAUAUCUUUGAUAUAAGGUACAACUCUCACCAACCCUUGCAGUCCUUGAACGCACACAAGAAUCGUGUCUUCAAGGCCGCUUGGCACCACACAUUACCUCUCCUGAUAUCCAUAUCGUCGGAUCUCAACAUCGGAUUGCACAAAACUGACUGAGCUGUUCAGGUAACUCCUGCGUUUUCAAAUGCUUUUGAUCUUUUGUGCCAACGCAAAGCUAUCUCUGCUGUGAGGUUUUGACACAAAAAAACGAGAAAGAAAUGUAACUUGAUGUUCAUAAUUUUCCAUCUUCAUUCUACAGUUAAUCUUGAACUUUGAAUUUGGAUCCAUUGUUUUUUUUUGGUCACAAGGCUAAGAAGAGUGGUUGGUUGGGAAUAAGCAUGGGUUUCUUGU